AUGGACGUGCCGUUCAUCAAUUCCGGAGCUCUGAGUCGUGCUCACUACUCUUUGGUGCGCAAAGUGGAGUCUGCACAGUCUCCGCAAGCAGCAGACCAGAUCCUGCUGAGCGAAAUCGAUGGCAUUAGACAUCACUUGACGAUUGGAGGUGUAUCGCUCAAAGAAUGCAGGGAGAAGCUGAUUAUGCUUCUCUACUGUUCCAUGAACUUAACACGCGUUAAUCCUGGCGAGCUCGCUUUUGCUUUGCCACACGCUGUCAAUUUGGCAGAGAUGGGGCAGACAUUGCGUGACAAGCAACUCGCCUUCGUCUUUUGCACUGAAGUUAUGCCACCGAAUCACGAGUUGCAGCUCAUGCUAGUCAAUACUAUUCGCAAGGAUCUGGAAAGCUCAUCCACACCGCGUAUUUGCCUCGCUCUCAGUGUCUUAAUUCAAGCGCCAAAUGAUGAUGUAGUACCCGCAGUACAAUCGCAUUUGCAGGCCCUAUUCAUGCACAAGUCGAUAUCAGUUCGUCGUAGAGCUUAUCUGGCGUAUCACUCACUGCUACGCAAUGAUCCUUCGCGCUUGACACCACUAGAGGAUGCAGUGGUCCUUCGCAUCCAACGUACGUUGCCUUCUGUGGACUCUUGCGCGAUGGCAGCAGCCAUAAAACUCAAUCGAACUGAAUCCAUCAAUGAUGAAGUCAACGCUCUCCUGCCAAUUGUAUGGCAAAGACUCGGCCAUCAGUCUCAAUCCCUCGCUUUAUUGGUUCUUCGAGCCCUUCGAAAAGCCAAGCUAUCGGUGCCGAACAUUGGUAUUGCGCUUGACAUUAUCAAGCACACAUCUGAUCCCCCAGUGCGAGUGCUGCUGCGGGAGGCUUUUCUUGUCUUGUCGUCCGUCUCAGCAGAGGCUAUCCAAGAGUGCCAAAUGCAGCGGUCUCUGUCGCCGGUGGCCUGCAUUCGACGCCUGUUGACGUCAAAGGAUCCUAACAAUCAGUACCUGUUUAUUUCGUGCUUAGACUGCCUGAGCCCCACUCUUUGGGCAGGGACUCUGCCAGGAACAACAGCAAUUUUGGAUGAGUGGGAGGUUCAAGAGGUGAUAAAACUCCUUGAUUCACAUGACAGGCUUGUUCGAAAGACAACCCUGAGGGUCCUACAGGCGGUCGAUCCUUCCCUGGUUGAGGCGUAUAGCACGCAGUUGCUACACAACCUUCCUAUUGGGUUAACUCUAUCUGCCAAGAGCGAAUAUGUGUCCCGUCUACUUGAUGUUGGCGAACUUCAGUAUGAAAAUGACGGGGAACAGUAUGCUAUCUACCUCAAGGACCUGUUUGCCGUUGCAGAGGGCGACACUCAAGGUCGUACGGAGGACAUGUCUGUCCUAGAAGUGGGAGUUGAAAUGAUCCUUACCCACAUCCGAGAAUUUGACGUUACAUCUCGUAUUUCGUGCGUUACCGCAUUGGCGGUCUCUGCCACAGAGUUAGAUGUUCGGAUUGGGCCGACUCUAAUGGUGAUUAUUUCUGCCUUGGUUUGUGAAUACUGCGGGAAGAUAGCAACAUCACCCUUGGCACUACUCCAAGGCAUGGCUAGCAGACUUGUCUCAUAUGGUGACGCUCAGGAAGCAGCAGUUACAGUACAGGAUGCAUGCCUACUAUCCAUGCUUCGAAUGUCUGCAGAGUGUAACGAGAUUCCCCAAACUAUCUCGAAGCUUGUCGCCGAAAUAUCCCAGUUCUCCGGGAAGCGCAUUCGGAAUCGGUGUAACCUUUUCUUGACUUACUGUGGUCAAAGGAAUGUGCUCACUAGUGUCAUCGCUCAAGCGCCUUCGUCUUCGCUCCCAGACUUUCUGGGAGCUCUAAUCAUGUAUCAAUCAGAUGCCACCGGCGCCUCAACGCCUGUUCAUUUCAAGUCUCCUUCGGCGAUAUCGGGACCUUCGCCAGGUUCGCCUUCACGAGCUAACUUAUCUCCUGGCAAGUUACGUUACGAAGCAUAUGCUGCUCCCCAGGCUGUGCCCAGUCUAAGGCACAUAUUAAGUCCGCACAGAAACGAAAGAAUGGGAAGUAGGACACGAAGUUCCUCGCGUGCGAGUGAAAUUUCAUUGGCUGAGCUCUCGAGGACCAUCACCCCAGGAGAAUUGACUAUUGUUGCUGCGCAGGGUCCAAUACAAGAUCUGUCUGAGCCUGACCACGUUCAGAAUCCCAACGCACCACCAAGCGAAGAUUUAGCAUCUCGUGUUGAUCUCAUAUCGCUCGAUGCUACCUUCAGCGAGGUUCCUGUGACAGUUCUGACUCCUGAGCCCGACUUCGAAGAAGUCUGGGACGCCAUGGAAACCUCCAAUUUCCGAGGCUGGUGCGAGUCGUCGAUGGACAACAUCGUGAGGCUUCUACAGAGUUUACAGCACUCCAUGAGAGUCAUCGCAGUUGACCAGCCGCCAUUUGAAGGGGAGCUCAAAGUCUUGGUUGUUGUACCAUCUGAUUCAUCCUUGGUGGAGCCCACACGAUACGCCGCCCUUCGUCUCCGGGAGAGUGAAGAAGAAAGCUGUCUGUGGCGUCUCCGGUGCGAUGAUAUUGAGCUACGGACCACUAUCAAGAGACUCUUGGAGGACAUAUGA